AUGAAACCCACAAACCUCGUAAUGGGUGAAGCUGGUUCUGAUAGUGCUGCAAUUAAAAGGAUAAAAAAAGAAUAUGCAUUGCUUGAAAAUGAUAAGAGCGAUGAGAAAAAGAAGGAUUCAACAUCCAAGUACAUCAAGAUCAUUCCCUUUGUUUCAGGGGACUUGUUUACCUGGGAAGCAUACCUUACGGCUCCAGAAGAAAGUGUCUACAAAGGAGGGAUUUUCAAGCUUCUUAUAACAUUUUCAAACGAAUAUCCUUUCAAGCCUCCCAAGAUAACAUUCCAGACACCUAUCUACCAUCCAAAUAUAAAUUCUUCAGGAAUGAUUUGCAUAGACAUUCUCGGAAAAGAAUGGUCUCCUGCACUUACGUUGAAUAGUGUAUUGUUAUCUCUUCUCACCCUUCUUGAUGAUCCAAAUGCCGAUGAUCCCUUGAUGCCCGAGGUUGCAGAUAUAUAUAAAACGAAUAAAGAAGAAUACCGACUGAGAUGUCAGGAAUCUGCCCGAAAGGCCAUGGAGAACCGAAAAUAA